UUAUUUCCCUUCAUUUAAUUUUUAGGGAUGUGAUAUUGGAGGGUUGUUUAAACCACUGUAUUGACACGUCAUGAGGAUGGGAGUUGGUGAUGAAUUCUCUGAACGCUGAGUGCAGCUGAAGGGUCUGAGCACCUCUGGAAGUGAAGUUAACAAGGCAGACCCCAAGACCUUUCAUGGCAACAGCAGAGAGGGGAAACCAACACUCCGUGAACAUGAGCCUCAGACCCCCGACGUCUGCUCUUCAGUUUGAGAGCAAAGGCAGCCAUUUUAUGGCCGGAAGUGGAAGUUGUUUUCUAGUCAGGCACACCCCUCAUCCCAGACGGGUCUGCCACAUCAAAGGUUUGAACAACAUUCCGAUCUGUACUGUGAAUGAUGAUGAGAACUCAUUGUGGGGUGUUGGCCAGUUUGACCACUUGGAGAAGGACGAGAUGCCAUUUGCCAAACGCAGUUACCCACCUAGCACUGCAGCCCUGGAGAGCCCGGUGGGAGAGGUCUCAGCAGCCCCAAACAGUGUCAGUGUGCCCCCACGGCCUCAUUCUGAGCCCUGUAGAAAAAUCAAGGAGUGCUUCAAAACUUCCAGUGAGAAUCCCUUAGUAAUUAAAAAGGAAGAAAUUAAGGAAAAAAAUUCACCGUCACCUCCAAAGCCAUGCUCUACUUCUGGCUCCUGUUCUUCAGAGGUGAUAAGUACCAAGACCGACGGCAAAGAGAACACCGUUUGCAUACCAAACUACCUGGAUCAGGAAAUCAAAAUUCUGGCCAAGCUCUGUAACAUUUUACGUACUGAUUCUCUGGCAGAAGUUCUACAGUGGCUGCUUCAUGCAAGUUCAAAAGAAAAAGAGUGGGUCUCAGCUUUGAUUCAUGCUGAGCUGGCUGAGAUCAACUUGUUGACUCACCAGCGAAGAAACACCUCAGCAGAACCAGCAGCAGAGACUGGGAAGCCACCCAAAGUCAAAUCACCCCCAAAUUCACCCACAAAAUCAGAAGCGCUGACCAGACCUAGAGAAAGACCUCAGCUGGCCAGAGUGUCAAGUCAAGGAUCUGAAGGAAAUAAGGAAGUGCCAAAAGAGGCUGGGCACAAGCCUCCAUUGUUUAUAAGAAGAAAUAAGAUGAAAAUACCUGUUGCAGAAUAUUUCAGCAAACCAAAGUCUCCUCCCAGGCCUAAAACUCAGGAGAGCAUACCAACAAAGCCAGUUUCAGCAAGGAGUAUACAACAAGGAUACAGUCUCUCUCCCCAGAGAGCAUUUUAUCCUGUAACAUACCAAAGGUAGAGAUUCUGGACUGGGCUAAGCCUUUCACGAACAUGCUUCACUUUGUUACAAAAUCAAAUUAUUUAAAAAAAAAUAAUUUGGUAUGGAGGAAUCAAUAGCUCCUCCAUAUAGUGGCACAGGUAAAUCUCAAAGCACCUGUAUAUAAUACUUCUAAAUAAAUGCCAAUGGAGACAAUAUUUCUAUUUGCAGUUAAUUUUAAUGCCAUGUGUAAAA